GUUUAAGAAGUCCGGAUGCGCCCUCAAAUCAUCGUUCGCAUUUCCCCUCGUCUCUCCUCCUUCACCUCGCACAACCAAUCAGCCCACCAAUCAUCCACUCCACUGCCCAAGGCUCUCUCGAGCAAGCAGAACAGGCCAAAAAUUCUGUCAAAUCAACGGCUGCGGCCAUCGACUCCUGCGCAACCUUUGCAGUCCAAUUGGGACUGUUUGAGCAACUCUAUUUGACGCGCAUUUCGCAUUUCCAUCGCAUCUCAUUCGACAAGUUAGCGGUGCCUGCUUAGUCACUUGCUGUCAACCCGUCAUUGCUGCCUCGCGUCGCGCAACCUUCGAGAUUUCGAUAUCGCUAUCGCUAUCAGGCAAAAAUUGACACAAGGUCAAGGAACCUACCCGGUUUUUUUUUUAUAUAGUUGGUUGGCUGUCAGUUGAGUCAGUCCCGCCGAAUCAGUCUCAGUCGCAGCAAACCAGACAUCGGACCCCAAAUCCACCCGUUGAACCUGCCAAACGGACCGUCUGCAAAUUGGAGACGGGAGCAUCCGACCAACCACCAAUUCAAGGAGACGUCGCUUUAAACUCAACCAUUCAGCGACCACCUUCGCGCGCAAGAGCCACUCACUGCCAGGCUGCCUUAUUAGCCUUGUACAUGCUUAAAAUCAAAGAAACACCAAUAUCCACUUUGAGUUAUCAUACCCGCACUGCUUCAACCAGUCACAACCCGAGCGCAAAGCAUCCCAAAGACCCUUCCCGACACAGCAAAUCAAUUCAGGGCGCAGCGACCCUGCGGAUUAAGCACCGCGUCUGAUUUCGAGACCUAUCACCAACGCGAACCUCGACAUUGGCCUCAUCAUUGGCCGUGACAAGGUCCCGUGAUAACUUCCGCCUGCGGUCCUCAAUUACUCGGCUGCUUCCUAGCGCUUUUGCAACGUUCCUGGCAACAGGCAUUCAUAUUGUGCGUGAAUCUCCAGUUCUCGGGGAAUUUUUUUCCUAUUGUAUCCAGGACUGUGCAGACUUGGUGCGUCCACAGCCGUGCUUCUGAACAGCUUUGUUAUUCUCUGUUUAUCUGCCAAGGGCAACAGACAAGUGUCGCUUAACUCCAACGCCGUCAAACUUUCUUACGGCCUCUAGAAUUACUCGAGACUUUGGGGAGAGUUCCACGAAAGCUUGACGUUCCGCCCCCGCUCAACGCCAGUGUUCGCUAUUCGCUUAGGCGUCAUCCCAACUGCAGCGCUACCAUCAGCUUUUAUCGCCCAGCCCUCUAGGCGUUUUCCAUCAGCACCCUGUCCUCACGUGGCCUUGCUCACUCAGGCCUCCUCGUCUCGUCUCAAACGGCCCAGGACCGAGCCACCCAGCAUUUGCCCCGCGACAUCAGCUUGCAUAUGCCGUGUGCGACCAAUAGCAAGCCUUGCCUUGACACUUAAUCGACUGCCAACGCAUCAACUCCAAUAGAUUGGGUGCACAUCCAGCCCAAUCCACAGGUACAAGGUUACUUCUCUUGUACUGCAAAGCAUCGAGCCCAAAACAGAAGCUUGGUGUUUUUAUCUGAGCUGCAGGCCAUCCUGGAUUUAGUCUGCCUGGUAGCACAUCUUGUUACGACCACAGACACAGCUUUCUUGUCAGCAUUCCUCUACCCGAGCUCGGUAGCAUAGCAGCACUACGCGAACAUCACUUGGGUUCAUCUCGUCAACAACAUCAAUCUAUCGCGCCUGCCGCCAAUCAUCACGGCUUCAAGUCGGACCCUAAUUCAAUAUGAUGGAAUACGCCCAAUACCAGCCGGCGCAAAACAGCCAUUCUAAUCCACAUAUGCAAACGGCCUACUCCAGCUCAGCGGGUGGUAACAGCAUCACAUCCCCAUCGAGCCAGCAUCUACCGCAAACAUCGCCAAUUCUCCAGACCCAGCAGCAUCAGCCUUCGCCAACCCAAGGUCACAGCAUGUACCAAACCCAGUACGGCGUGCCUCAGCAGAACAUGCACUAUGGCAUGCCCCUACAGGCUGCAGCUCUGGCUGCCACCGCGGCUGCGUCAGGAACCAACUACCCGAACCCAUACAUGGCAGCGGACCCGAACUUGCAGCAGUCGCCUAGAAUGUCUGGUGUAAACUCUAAGAAGGACGUCAGAGCGGGACCUCGAUCUCCGCCGCAAAUGAACAGCAUACCUCCAGGACAGCGCCGUCUCAGUCAGGUCGCCAGCCCCGGUGUGCCUAAUGCGCAAGCGAUGCUCAACCACGCCUCUAGGUCUGCCGUCCCGCCGCCGAUGACGGCCGCACAGCAAAUGCCCCCACCCCAGUCCCCAGAGAUGGCUUCCGGAGCCGUGGAAGAGUCACCUCUGUAUGUCAACGCAAAGCAGUUCCACCGGAUCUUGAAGCGCCGAGUCGCUAGACAAAAGCUGGAGGAACAAUUGCGGUUGACGAACAAGGGACGCAAGCCGUAUCUCCAUGAGUCGAGACACAACCAUGCCAUGCGACGCCCUCGUGGUCCUGGUGGCCGUUUCCUGACAGCAGACGAGGUUGCGCAGAUGGAGCGGGACAAGGUCAACGGGGAUGUAAAGCAAGAUGGUUCGGAGCAGUCCUCGGUAACAGCAGGGUCGAAAACGACUGGAGGAACCAAGAGGAAAGCCGAAAGUACUUCGGGCGCCCCGAAUAAGAAGGCGAAGGCCGCUCCCGAAAGCCCAGAGGACGAUGACGCUUCGGACUAAUGCGGUAGCGUGUACUUGGAAAAAGGAGGAACAAUUUAUCGAAUUCUAUACCCAAGUCCAGCUCUGAGUUGAGGGUCGGAUCUCAUGACGUAAUGACACACGGCCAUGCUAUUAUUAUCGUCCAUACUCUUAUGUUUUCGUCGCCUGGGCGCAUGAGCAGCAUCGAACAAACGGUUGGCGAGGAGUUCGGGGUGGGCGAUACGUAUGCGCUCGUGCUUGUUCAACUUCACAAACUGGGUCGAAACCUUUUUUUUAUUUUAUUUGCUUACUGCUUCGUAGUGGGUGAUGGUGAUGGUGGUGGUGUGUGGCUACGAAGGGCAGUUACAUCGUCUACAAGGCUACACAUCCUGCAUCAAACUCACACUACAGGCUCUUUUAGGGAAGGAUAACGUUCAUUUUUCUUUCUUCAACACUGUCAUAGCGCGGAGCCUCUUCUAUCGGAUUUUUUCCUUUCAUCCUUGUCCAUAUUUCCUCUUAACCGGUACUACUACAACUCGCCUCACAGCACUUGCACUAAAAAGCGUAUAUUUCAUAUGUAGCAGGGGGAAGGAUUUUAGGUUGACGAAACGGAAAUGUUGCGCGGAUGGGUGAACGGAACUGGAUUUGGACUUGGACUGCACGCACGCACGCACGCACGCACGCACGGACGGAUGGACGAACGGAUGAAUGGACUUUGGCGGGCGGCUUAGUCGUGUUUUUUUUUGCAAAUUUUAUCAGGUUGGGAAUAGGACGAAUGUGGAACAGGACAGGACAGAAGGACAAGACUGCAUGAACUGCUUAUGAUUUUUGUUUUAUUCUUGUACUUUGUGGUUUUGCCAUCGAAAUUCUCUAUACUGGCAUUGCGAGAGACAUCAAAUUUGUAUGUUGUUUGCAUGAACUCGCGCAGCCUGCUUAAGAGUCUCUUGGCUUCGUGCCCUUCUCCACUCGUCUGAUUUGGCAUUGGUAUAUCUCCUCUCUUUGGACGAACAUAAAAGUCUCGAUGUCUGUCUUGUGUGACUGAGGCACGGGUGUUUCAAAUGAUCAGUCGACUCGGUAGUUAGAAUAGAUCGAGGGAAAAAAAUUC